UCACUUCCGCGCUAGCCGAGCGAUAAAGCUUCCUUUUCAAACCUUUGCAGCGUUCACUUUCACCUUUCCGCUUUAACUUGCUUUAACGCGCGUUAACCGCGAUAACUUGCUUUUUGGCAUACCUUUUUAUGCGUUCACACAUCAGACUGCUCGAUUUUUUUGACAGCGAGAACUGUCACGAGCGAAUGACAGUUCUCGUUGUCAAAUCAUUCGAGCAGUUUGUUUUGACAGUCGAAAAAAGCUUGACCGGUUGAAGAAUUCCGACUGGCUGCUGUUAUCGUAGAUGGACCAUAUUUGAGCCCAGAAAUGGAACCGGUUUCACCGUUCCGUACUAUUCACCUGCACUGGCACCACCGGUCCAGAAUCGUCUUGAUCCGGACAACAUGCCCUACUCGAUUCAGGAGAUAAGCAAGAAUCAGCGGUCGUACGGUGGAGAGUCUGCGACGAACGCGGCCGGACUAGUGCGCCUUUGGUCACCACCAAGUUUAUCACCCAGGACCAGAACCAGGGAUACUCUGGACAGUGUUUCAUGCAUUCGUCGAUGUCCCACUUCCCGGUCAACACGGACAUGAUAAAGCAGAGUACCGUUCUGUCCGAGUUGAUCGUUUCACAUGUCCGUGCCGUCGAGAAGGAACUGGUCCAUCCGAUCGUCAAUUUUGGCGAGUUGGGACCGAUUCGAUGCACGGCCUACAUGUGUCCGUAAAUCCACUUCAUCGACGGCGGACGUUGUUCCAGUGCCCGGAACGUACGACAUUGUGAUCACCAAGGACUACUGCCGGAAUAACAGCCCGUCGAAGGUACUGGCGAUGGUGUUCGUGAUUGACAAUAAGGUCAAGUCCGGGCUGGUUCAAUUGCAGUGCGCGGAGUUCAAGAACAACAUUCGUCACUUGCCCGUGGAUGAGGGACAGGAGCGUGCUUCGAUUAAGGUCCAUGAAGCUUCAUCACUUACAGUCCCAGAUGGCGGUCGUCGGAGAUGUCCAGGAAAUGUUCAUGCCCUGCUGUUCACAUCCUGCUCGGACCAGCGCCAGCUGCGCGUGCUUAAUCUGAGCCUGACGACGUGCAACCAGUUGGCGGAUAUUUUCCGCAGUUGCGAUUUGGAUACGACCAAUCUGUUAUUCGCCAAGCAGGGCCUGUCCAAGCUGCAGGAUAAUAAGCGGUAGGCAAUCAAGGACAGCCUGAUCACGAGGGCGGUCCAGAUUUUGGCCUGCUACCGGAAGAACUGGGCAUCGUCUACGUCCGCCGGCCAGCUCGCCUUGCCGAAUUGCGUGAAAUCGCUACCACUGUACAUUAAGUGUCACGGAAGGUGCACGGGAAUAAAGAAGGGAGUUUCAUUUCUUUAAAUCGGGACUAGCAAAACCGACACGCUUCUGAGCAAGAAAAUGAGGAAGAAUCGGUUGCGUUCAGUUCAAGAAAGACUCGAGCUAGAAUCACGUGUAAAACUUGACCGUCCGUGCAAAACUUCGACGCAACUCUUUGGAAAAAGUUAUGCAAUUGCAACAGCGACUAAUAAAUUCUGGUGUGAUCUU